AUGGAUGAGAUUCAUAGUGACAAUGAAGACAAUGAUGAAGGUUCAGAAGGAUCUACUUCAAAAAAAGGCAGAAAUACUGUAAGUAUGUGGGAGUACUAUUGUUACAAGUUCCAGAUAUGGUCGAAUGAUAAUGUGAUUUUGAUGGGAGGGAGAUUGUUCCAGCAGUUUGCAGUAGAUACCUAUAUAAAGAUUGAGACUACACGUUUUGUUUUUGUUGAAAAGAACCAAACCAAAAUUAGAGCCGAUUUAUACCAGGGUGUUGUUGAUUGCUUCAACGCUGGUGAGGCUCAACCAAGUACGGUUGGACAGAGAGUUGUGUUACCUGCAAGUUUCAUUGGAGGUCCACGUGACAUGCGUCGAAGAUUUCUGGAUGCCAUGGCUUUAGUUCAAGAUGAUGGGAGGCCUGAUAUAUUUCUUACAAUGACGUGCAACCCAAAAUGGAAAGAAAUCGAUGAUGAGUUAUUGCCUGGACAGUCAGCUCAAGAUCGACCAGACCUUGUUGCAAGAGUUUUUCAUGCUAAGUUAGAGGAUCUCAAGGUACAGUUAUUCCAGAGACAUAUAAUCGGUGUGGUGGGGUCAUAUGUGUAUGUGAUAGAGUUUCAAAAGCGUGGAUUGCUACAUGCACAUUUCCUCUUAAUAAUGACACCUGGAUAUAAGAUGAAUAAUCCAGGCGAUUAUGACAAACUUGUGUGUGCGGAAAUUCCCGACCCAAUAAGAUGGGUGGCUCCAUACAACCCAAAGUUGUUAAUGAUGUUUAAUUGUCAUAUCAACGUUGAGGUUUGUUCGAGUAUAAAGUCUGUGAAGUACCUCUUCAAAUAUGUUUAUAAGGGCCAUGACAAACAAGUUAUCCAUAUUGAUAAAGACCAAGAAAAUGUUGUUAUUAAUGAGAUACGAAAGUUUCAAGAUGCACAUUAUGUGUCCCCUCCUGAGGCAUUAUGGCGAGUUUUUAGCUUUCCUCUUUCAAAAAUUCACCCUUGUGUGUUGGCCUUGCAAAUACAUCUCCCGAAUCAACAGUUGGUUAGGUUCAAAGACGGUGACAGAAUGGAAGACAUUGUUGAUAGGGAGAAAGAAAAAAAUUCAAUGUUGACGGCAUUUUUCAAGAAGAAUAAAGAAGAUUCCAAUGCGAGAAAAUAUUUGUAUAAGGAUUUUCCCAAACAUUUUACAUGGAAUCGGAGCAACCAUUGUUGGAGGACCAGGGAACAUAAAUCAAUGAUUGGUCGACUUGUUUAUGUUAAUCCAGCUGAAGGAGAGAGAUACUACCUACGCCUGCUUUUAUGUCAUAUUACUGGGCCUACCUGCUUUGAAGAUUUAUAUACAGCCAAUGGUGUAUUACACCCUACAUUUUGA